GAAAAUCGUUUUGAUCUUUCUUUUCUACUCUGGCUUUCUUUUAUUGGAUAUGGCUACGAAUUUAGCUACUAGAAAAAGAAUUCUCGGGAGAUUCGACGUUUCAAGCGAUAUGAAGGUUGACAAGCGGUGCUAUGAUGAAAUACGGAUUAUAACGGGAAAUAACAUUAUGUAUUUUGUGGUUCAUGUAUGUAUACUAGAUAUCUGUUUUAUUAUUUUGUAAAAUAUAUUCGCUUUAAUUGUUACAUCUUUCUAUAGUGAAAGCUCUGUUGCUCUGUUUGAAGAGGAUUAUGUGAACAGUUUCUUCUGGUGAAAUGUAGUGAUCUGAGAUAUAGGACUGAGUUGAACCCUGUAUUAAUGCUCGAAAAGGGUUCAUCCAGUCUUUCUGAUAGCAAUUAGCAUAGUAGUGUUAAGGAAUCAUUAUAUAAAAGUGAUAUAAUAGACCGCCUUUCCUUUCAUCUGUAUAAUAAUUAUGUACUUUUACUUUGCUUUUCGUGUCUCUAUUAGAGGUGUUAGUCAAGGGCGCUCUGCUUGGUCUUGGCGCACGCCCUCAACGUAACAUGUUUGCAGCCUUGUCUAGCACGUCUCGUCGCACCUCGACUAACCAACAGUUCAGAUGUAAAAUAUUCUGUUGUGCACAUAAUUCUUUCCGCACACACUUAGAAAAGAAUCGCAAUAUAUCAUGGCAGCCGAGGCUUCGCCGCAGCUUCUCCCCAUCUUCAUAGACACCCCGAAAUCCAAUGAAGCGCAGAUCGACGCUUCCAAUACGGCCCGGCGCCAGUUUCUAGACGAGAUCCAAUCUUCACAGACACUAGAGACAGUUACAUUCCAGAAUUCUCUAGAAGCAAUCACUCAACAGUCUGAUGUGGCAUCACUCUUGACGCGCAAGAUUCUCUUUUACAGCAAAGUGUCACCCGAUCCCAACAUUCGCGCUAGUUCCAGAAAGGCCGGCCAAACUAUCAGAAGCUUCAACAAUGAAAGUGUGAAUUCCUUCGAAAUAUUUGAGAUUAUUCGCACUCUCUAUAAUAAACGACAUAAUAUAACUCUCAACACCGAAGAGGACAUGCGCCUCCUUCAGCUGAGAUACCGAGAGUACACUCUGGAUGGCUUUGGCUUGGUACCGGGGAGCACCGAACAAAGCAGGCUGCGCGAAAUCAAGACACGAAUCACGACCCUCAAGGAUUCUUUCAAGCGAAACCUGAAUGAAGAAAAUGGAUAUAUCCUAUUUACACCCGAAGAGCUUGCUGGUGUUUCUAACGAUGUUCUCCAUGGCCUGAAGACUGAAAAGGGUAAGCUACGAGUGACAUUUAAGAAUCAUCAUUUCCAAGCAGUGCUGCGAUAUGCAAAACUUCCAAACACUCGAAAGGCAUAUCUAAUUGCCGCUGAGAAUAAGUGCACUCAGAAUACUGCCAUUUUCCGAGAAACCUUGUGCUUACGACAAGAGAUGGCACAGAUUCUCGGAUAUGAAAGCUAUGCCAACCUCGUGGUCCAAGAUCUAAUGGCCCCUGACACAACUCGCGUCGAGGAAUUCAUCAAGGAUAUGCAGCACAGACUUACUCCGUUGGCAGAGCGUGAGCUAGACCGUUUGAAGGACCUCAAAGAGCAAGAAUUUUCAUCGAACGGCUGGCAACAUGAUGGAAAAUUCUACCUUUGGGACCAGCGAUACUACAAGCGGCUGCUCUUUGAGACGGAAUAUCAAGUAGACGAGCUGCAGGUCUCAGAAUAUUUCACGCUGGAGAGAACCGUAGAGGUAAUGCUGCGAAUCUUUGAAGUUGCGAUGGGAUUCGUCUUUAUUCAGCUAAAUGAUAAGACGAAAGCGCUGCUGAGCCCGACUGGGAAAGCUGAAGAUGUGGUCUGGCACGAGGAUAACAUUAUCUACAGCGUCUGGGACGAAGACGGCGCUAGCUUUCUGGGGUAUCUGUAUAUGGACCUGCAUCCUAGAGAGGGCAAGUAUAGUCACUGCUGCAACACAAACUUCCAGCCGGGAUUCACGCGCAGAGAUGGCAGUCGACAAUACCCCGUGACAGCGCUCAUUUGCAACUUUAGUCCCCCAACAGAAGGAAAACCAUCGUUGCUCAAACACCACGAAGUUAUUACUCUGUUCCAUGAGCUGGGUCAUGGCAUCCACAGCCUCGCGGCCAAGACGAAGUAUGCUAGGUUCCAUGGUACCGCGGUUGAAUGGGACUUUGUUGAGGCGCCAUCACAGAUGCUCGAGUCGUGGUGUUGGCUGCCGAGCGUGCUCAGGUCGCUCUCGAGCCAUUGGGAGACUGGCGAACAGAUUCCAGACGACCUUGUCCAGCGUCUCGUGGCGACGGAAAAGGUCAACCAAGCUAUUGAUAGGCUCAUAGACUUACACUACAGCCUCUUUGAUUACGCUUGCCAUAGUCCCACAACUCCGGAAGAAGUUGCCAAGAUAGACCCGUGUACGCUGUUUAACUCGAUACGGGAGUCUACUACCAUGAUGCGUGGCUUGGAAAACAGGUAA